AUGACCCAGAGCCCUGCUUUACUCUGUUCCGCUGAAAAACGACGCCUCGGCAUCACGGCCGGGGUCACGGCCGUGAGCCUGGCCGUGAUCCAGGCUCCUCUUUGCGCAUUGCUGUUCUUUUCGCGCCCAAGUUCGGUUUCACCUGCAAGGUUUUCGGACCCCGUAGUCGACCAUGGAAUCGCCAUCUCCCAAGCUGUUCGCCCCGGGUUCGUAUCGUUUAAGCCUUCCUCUGAAGCCUUGGAUAUUGAUAAUAACGCUACGAUUGUUAAUGAUGGCCGCAAUGACAACACAGUGGUUGAUUUGCAGUUCUUGGUGAAGGGCCUCGAGCUGGGCCGCCGUGACGUCACGGCGUUACUUUUUCUAGUGGGUUUAUUCUCCGCUGCUUAUGCGUAUGCGGUAUUUGCAUUCUUGGUUACGUACACUUGGGUACAUGGCAUUGUUUUCGUUCAGGUUCUGGAUAAUUUGUUGGGGAAUUACAAAUCAUAUUUUAGGACUGCUUGGGACGGUGCUAAUUUGGGGCUCAGAAGGCUUUCUGGCUUCAUUCUAAUGCGAUGGGCAGUGAGGGAUGCAUUGGCACAGGUAUUGGGAAUUUGGUCUUUUGGCGAAAUUGAGGAUCAAUAUGAAUUCUUGAAGAUUUCUGUAAGAAUGAAGUUGAUGCCUUUUUCAGAUGUGGCACCAUGGAUUACAGGGCAUGAGAAGGAAAGUGUGUGCUUUAUAUUGUCAUGGUUCUUGGUUGAGUUGCUGGUGGGAUUUAUGUUUGCUGUGGACUCUUGGAUUGUGAUUGUGGACUCGAGGAAGAGUGGUAGGGAGGUUGUGAGAGAAGGGUGCCAUUUGUUGGUUUCGUUGCUCGGCCCUGCUAUUGAGAUCAAGGGCUGGGAAGCCAUGAUUUGUGGGUCUUUGACAAAAUGGAUAUUGGGCGAGAUUUUCGGUGAAGUAUUCGCAACUGCAUUCCAGUCAGUCAUGGAAGUCUAUUUCAUGGUAGCAUGGCUGAUGUUUUAUUUGGCUGCUAGGUCAAUUGAUGCAACGUCUCUUGGGAGGGCAUUCGGGCGAAGAGAGAUGGAAGGUUUUCUAGAGGGAAUUAGAUAA